UAUAAGCUGGGACAGCCCGAGGCUGUGCCGCCUGGCCCCCGAGCCCCGUGGAGGGCGCGAAGAACUCUGCCACUAGCCCUGUCCCCGGUCAUGGCCUUCCAGGGCACAAACACGCCGGGGUGGAGGUGGGCGUGGGGGGCCGGCGGCUGUUUCGACGCCGAAGCUAAUGGAGCGGCGGCUGGGCCCGCGACGGCGGCGGGCCCGCGGGCGCGUGCUGAUGAUGUCGCGGCGCGCCCGGAGGAGGGAUUGGCCCGGGCCGGCUCCGGGCGAGGAGACUCGGCCUGCCAGGAGCAAGGCGGAAGUGUGGGAGCGCCGAGGGGCGGAGGGGAGAGGCGAGGUCGCCAUGAGUGGGCUCGGCAGACUCUUCGGGAGGGGGAAGAAGGAGAAGGGGCCAACCCCUGAAGAAGCAAUACAGAAACUGAAGGAAACAGAGAAAAUACUGAUCAAGAAGCAGGAGUUUCUGGAGCAGAAGAUUCAACAGGAGCUGCAGACGGCCAAGAAGCAUGGGACCAAGAAUAAGAGAGCUGCCCUGCAGGCUUUGCGGAGGAAGAAGAGAUUGGAGCAGCAGCUGGCGCAAACUGACGGGACGCUGUCCACCCUGGAGUUCCAGCGGGAGGCCAUUGAGAAUGCCACCACCAACGCAGAAGUGCUGCGGACCAUGGAGCUGGCUGCCCGCGGCAUGAAGAAGGCCUACCAGGACAUGGACAUUGACAAGGUGGAUGAACUGAUGGCGGACAUCACAGAACAACAGGAGGUGGCCCAGCAGAUCUCAGAUGCCAUUUCUCGGCCUGUGGGCUUUGGAGAUGACGUGGAUGAGGAUGAACUGUUGGAGGAACUGGAGGAACUUGAACAGGAAGAGUUGGCCCAGGAGUUGUUAAAUGUUGGCGACAAGGAGGAAGAAUCCCCGGUCAAAUUGCCUAGUGUUCCCUCUGCACGUCUGCCUACAGCUCCCAAAGCGGAUGAAGAUGAAGAAGCACUAAAGCAGUUGGCUGAGUGGGUAUCGUGAUGAGCCGGUUCUUGUCUUCCUAACGCUGCCUUCCUUGGUUCACUUUCGUUAAGUGCCACAUGCUGAGCUAAAGCGGUGUAGCUUCUCGGGGAGGUCCUGCUGGGUGGAGGAGAACCCUGUCUGGGGCAGGGGGCUGUUGUUCUCCCAUCCCCGGCUCGGCUCUGAUGGGGGAACUUGCUGCCGAGGGAGCCCCUGGGCUCCCUUCUUGCUGAUCGCAGGUACAAUGCCCUGGUUCCAAAUAAACGCGGGCAGGUGGA